AUGACGAACUACAACAUCACCAUCACCAGCGACAUCGUGUGCCCAUGGUGCUACAUCGGGCACACCCGGCUAUCGAAAGCCAUUGCCGAACACAAAAAGACCUAUCCGGACGACAAAUUCCACCUGAAAUAUCUCCCAUUCUAUCUUCAACCACCACCACAACUUACAGCGAACGGCCCUCCGCCACCGCCAUUUCCAGCACCCUCGCGCCCGCGCCGCGAGAUGUACGCUGCGAAAUUCGGGCCGGAGCGCGCCAAACAGAUUGAGGCGAUGAUGCUUCAAACGGCAGCCGGCGAAGGUCUCAACUUCAAGUUUGGCGGCAUGACAGGCGUUUCGCGGAAUGGGCACAGAUUGGUGCGCUGGGCCCAGAAUCAUGGUGGCGAGGACGCACAGAAUGAAGUCAUGCUCGGUCUGUGGCGACGAUACUUCGAACAAGAAGUCGACAUCACUACACUGGAGACGUUGAUUGAAGUUGGCCUCGAAGCUGGUCUGGGCACCAAGGAGGAAAUCAAGGCAUACCUGGAAAGUGGAAAGGAUGGCGAAGAAGUUGACCGAAUCGCCGAGGAGGCCAGGCUGAAGGGAAUCAGCGGCGUCCCAAACUAUGAAAUCAAUGAUACGUGGGAAGUAAGCGGUGCGCAGGAGCCUUUGGCGUUCAGAAGACUGUUCUUGAAAUGGAAAGAUAUGGAGAGCAAAGGUCGGGUCGGUAGCGAUGAUGCGAAGACCGCGAACGGAAAUGGAUGCCUGUAG